GGGUGGGAAGGGGGGCUUGGGCGGGAUUGUGACAUAAGAUUGCCCUGGUGACAUGGAGCAGAUCUGGACCCAAGCCUAAUAAAGGUAGUGUAAAUAAAGGUGUCAUAAAGGACGGGGCGGGGCGCGUGCUUGUCAGGGACGCCAGCCUCUAGGGGCUGCCAGAAUGGUUCCUGCUCAAUGCGCGGCGCCAGUGCUUAUCAUGUCCCGCCUACGUCUCUGGGCCCCAUGGCCCCUCCUCACGUGGCAACUAUUGUGGCUACUAGUCCAGGAGUCUCAGCCUCUGGAGAGGGUCAAGGACCCGCUCCAGCUGACUUCUAACCCCCUGGGGCCUACUGAGCCCUGGUCUUCCGGCUCCUCCGAUCUCCCAUGGGAAUCUCUCCAUGCGCUUACUCCCUCGGCGGACGCGGGGGGCUUUGAUUACCUGGGGUCCUCUGCUUCCUCCAAGAGGUCAGCUCCGCCCCAGGAAUCGACUGAGAAUUUGGUUCCAUUCCUGGACACAGAUUCAGAUGGAGAGCUGCCCCCGGGGCCCGAGCACUUCUCAUCUGCACACCCGGAUCUGAAUGACAAGCUGACUCGGCAAGAAAGGCUCCCACAGGUGGAUCCAAUGCUCGGCUGGGAUCAGAACCAGACGCUAGUUCAGCCUGGUCACCACAAAAGUAAGGUUCAAACUGCAGAGCUAGAUCAGGCUGCAGAUCAUCAGGCAGAUGAAAUACUUGUUCCACCUCUAGACAGUCAGGAUUCAAAAGCAACAGAGUUUAUAGUUUCUCCCAGGAACCAGAAGAAAGAUUUAGCUCAGCAUUGGAGCUUUGCUAAGGCUGUGGGAAUUCCACACCGAUUUGUAUCAAAACCUCAGCAUCAGAAACAAACUUUGCAGGAUGAGUAUUUAGAUUCAAGUAUGGAUAUGCUGUAUCCCGGCAGCCUGCCUCCAGACCUCCAGGUGAACUCAGAUGACCCUCCAGGGCCCCGUGAGCAAGUUGGACUGUCUCAAUUCCAUCUAGAGCCUGAAACUCAAAAUCCAGAGACCCUUGAAGAGAUCCAGUCCUCUUCACACCAGCAAGAAGCCCCAGCGCGCCUUCCACAGCUCCCUGAGGAGGUGGAACCUUCUUCAACCCAGCAGGAGCCCCCAAUCCAUCCUCUAGAGGAGGUAGAAUCUUCUGCAACCCAACGGGAGGCCCCAACUGAGCCUCCAGGUCCUCCUAUGGAGCCUGAACUUUCCCUCAGUGAGCAGGAGCAGCCAGCUCAGCCUUCUGAAUCUUCUGGGGAGCUUGAACCUUCUCAGACCCAGGAGGAGACACCAGCUCAGCCUCCAGAAGAGAUGGAACCUUCUGCUAUACAAGAGGAGACCCCAACUGAGCCUCCAGGUCCUCCUAUGGAGCCUGAACUUUCCCCCAGUGAGCAGGAGCAGCCAGCUCAGCCUUCUGAGUUUUCUGGGGAGCUUGAAUCUUCUCCAGCCCAGCAGGAGACCCCAGCACAGCCUCCAGAACAUCACGAAAUAACACCCCCUCUGGAGACAGAACCUUCUCCAACCCAGCAGGAAGCCACAGUUCAAGCUCUAGAGCCCCCUAAGGAGGCAGAACCUUCAAGCCAGCAGGUGAUCCCAGCUGAGGUUCCAGAGCCAUCUAAGGAGGUUGCAGCUCAACCUCCAGCUCAUUCUGAGGUGACAUUUCCAACACCAGGUCAGGAUCAAAGUCAGCAUUCAACAUCGCCUAGUGUCACAGUUCAACCUUUGGACCUGGGGCUUACCAUCACUCCAGAAUCCACGACAGAGGUUGAACUUUUUCCAACCAUGCAGGAGACCACAACUGAGCGUCCUAAGAAAGUUGUACCCCAGUUUCCAGUAUAUCAAGAGGUAACAGUUCCAACACCAGGUCAGGAUCAAGCUCAGCAUUCAAUGUCAUCCAGCGUUACAGUUCAACCAUUGGACCUGGGACUUACCCUAACUCCAGAACCCAGUAUAGAGGUUGAACAUUCUACACCCGUGAAGAAGACGAUAGUUCCUUCAAAGCACCCUAAGGUGACCCUUCCACAUCCAGACCGUGUUCAGACUCAGCAUUCAAACCUGACUCAAGCCACAGUUCAACCUUCGGAUCUGGGGCUUACCAUCACUCCUGAAUCCACUACAGAGGUUGAACCUUCCACAGCCCUGACGACUACAGCUCCUCCUCCAAAACACCCUGAGGUGACACUUCCACCUUCAGACAAGGGUCAGACUCAGCAUUCAAACCUGACUUCAGUCGUAGUUCAGUCUCUGGACCUGGAGUUUACCAUCACGACAGAACCUACUACAGAGGUAAAACUGUCUCCAACCACAGAGGAGACCUCAACCCAGCCUCCGGAUCUGGGGCUUGCCAUAACUCCAGAACCCACUACAGAGACUGGACAUUCUACAUCCCUGGAGAAGACUACAGCUCCUCGUUCAGACGAGAUUCAGACUCGGCAUCAAAACCUGACUGAAGUCACAGGUCCACCUACUGAACUAGAACCUACUCAGGAUUCAUUGGUGCAGCCUGAAACUUACGCCCAAAAUAAGGCUUUAACUGCACCAGAGGAACAGGCCUCCGCAAGCACCAACAUGUGUGACCUCUGUACCUGCAGAGAUGAGACGCUGUCGUGUAUUGAUCUCAGCCCAAAGCAGAAGCUCCGCCACGUGCCUGUGCCAGAGCCCAACACCUACAAUGGCACCUUCACUAUCUUAAAUUUCCAAGGAAACUAUAUUUCUUACAUUGAUGGAAAGGUAUGGAAGGCAUUCCGUUGGACUGAGAAACUAAUUCUCAGUGAAAAUUAUUUGACUGAAUUACAUAAGGAUUCAUUUGAAGGCCUGCUGUCCCUCCAGUAUUUAAUUCUCAAUCGCAAUCCUCUGACAAUUGUUGAAGAUCCAUAUUUGUUUAAAUUGCCAGCAUUAAAAUAUCUAGACAUGGGAACAACACGAAUCACACUUACAACAGUUAAGAACAUCCUCAUGAUGACUCUUGAAUUGGAAAAACUGAUCUUACCUAGCCAUAUGGCCUGCUGCCUCUGCCAAUUUAAAAAUAGCAUUGAGGUUGUCUGCAAGACAGUCAAGCUGCAUUGCAACAGUGCAUGUCUGACAAACACCACACAUUGUCUUGAAGAAGCAUCUAUAGGGAAUCCCGAAGGGGCGUUCAUGAAGGUGUUACAAGCCCGGAAGAAGCACACGAGCACUGAGCUGACUAUUGAGCCGGAGACGUCCUCAGAGAGCAACGGCAUCAACUUGUUAGGCUUUGGGAGUGAGCAGCUAGACAUCAAUGAUGAAAGUGAUGUUAUCAGUGCACUAAAUUAUAUCUUGCCUUAUUUCUCAGCGGGAAAUCUAGAAGAUGUGGAGGCAAUGUUGUUACCGUUCAUUAAACUGCUUUUUUCAGAUUCACAAGAUGGCGACAACCUGGCAAAGAUUCAAAGUGUAGGAAAAAGCCUGCAGAGAGCAAACAGAGUCCUCAUGGACCCAAGGAGCUUCCAGAAAAGGCACUUCAAAGAGGGGGGAAAGCAGAGCAUCAGGAGGGGACAGAGUACCCAGGCAUUUGUGGAAAACACUGCCAAAGGAAAAAGGCUUGGGAGUGCAGCCCCAAGGGAGCUGGAACAGCCUCACGUGGUGCAGAGGCCCGAGAAGUUAGUGGGAAACACCAUCUACACCAAGCCUUUGUUCACCCAAGAGCAUAAGACAGCGGUCUCCUCUUUGCUGAAACCCUUCUCCAUGGGCGGGCCUUCUGCCUUCACCCCUGGAAAAGCCCAGCGUGAGGUCAGAAAUCUAGAGAAAGACUUAACCUACGCCAUUUUCAUUUUAGAAAAUGCAAAGGCUAGAGUUAAAAAUAUGAAGGCUGCUAAACCAACCACAAAUUCCAGAAAAAAAUACCACUUUCAUAAAACUAGCUCCCAUGUGGUCCACAGAACACCCAAGGCCAAAAAGAGUCGAAAGUUCAGAAAGAAAAGUUCUCUCAACAGACUGAUGCUGGCGAAGAAGCCUCUGUUCUCUGCAGCAAAGAGCCUUAUAAAUUCCCCUUCAGAAGGGGCUUUUUUAUCUUUAGGAGACAAUAUUCAACAAAAUUCUUUUCUGGAGGUAUUUGCUCCUUCAGAACGUUUUAUUGAAAACACCACUGCAGGAAAUGCCUUUGAUGAAAAAAUUUUUAUGGGAAACACUGCUAUGCCAGAAGGCACCAUCUCUGAAAACACAACCUACAAAAAUCCUCCUGAGGCAGAUUCUGCUGGGACUGCGUUCAACUUAGAGCCAACUGUUAAACAAACCAAUGGAGCACAAUGGGAAUACAAUGACCUGGGCACUGACCUGUUCCCCAAGCCCAAAAACUUCAAUUACCCAUUGCUCUCGUCCCUAGGUGAUCAGUUUGAAAUUCAGCUAAACCAGCAGCUACGGUCCCUCAUCCCUGACAACAAUGUGAGAAGGCUCAUAUCUCAUGUUCUCCGGACCUUGAAGAUGGACUGCUCUGAGACCCAAGUGCAAUUAGCCUGUGCUAAGCUCCUCUCCGGGACAGGCCUCCUGAUGAAACUUCUCAGUGAACAGCAAGAAGAAAAGGUGUCCAAGGCAGAAUGGGAUACGGACCAGUGGAAAACUGAGAACUAUAUCAAUGAGAGCACGGAAGCCCAGAGUGAACAGAAACAGCAGGAGUCAAGUGAGCUCACUAAAGUUGUUCCAGGAUAUGGCUACAGCAAAUUCAUCUUGGCAAUAUCUGUGUCUGUAACUGUGACAAUGUUCAUCCUAAUUUUCUGUGUCAUUGCGGUAAGGACAAUAAUUAAUUCAGGUUUUCAGAAUGCAAUCCUGUCUUUGUAUAAAUUCAGAACCCACAAACUGAAAAUCAAAGCCACUUUCCCACCUACUACUACUUGACAUUCUCCUUCAGUUGUUUAAGGCUGAGGUAUGCUUUGUUCUUUUACUAUAAUUCAUAUUCCAGGAUUUUUAAAGGAUCGUCACUUCCAGGAGAUUUCUGUCAAUUGAAAUUAAGUUAAUUCCACUGGACUAUUUUAAGAAAUUAAGUUGAUAUAAUAGCAAAAUUUCUCCCACCCAAAACUAUGUCAACAAUUGAAUGUACUCUGCCACUAAUUUAUUUCCUUGUUGUUGAAAUGAAGAGAAAAGUAUAAUCUCCACCCUCACAGAGCUGUGAUCACCCUGGAGAGGAAGGACAAGGCAAAAGAGAGAAGUCUCGUCUUGUAGACUUACUAGACUCACAUAUUGUCUUCCUUCUCCAGUGUGUAGGACGUUGUCUAAAUAGGUCCAGUUAAAGCACUACAGGGUAGCCAUCUUUUUAAAAAGUAGUUGGCCACUUAUUUAAGUUCACAGGGGAGGGGGAAUGUCUCAUACUCCAGCCCUCCUGAGCCCAGGCCCUCUGUGAUAUGUGUCACCAUUUCUCGGACACCAUAUGAGACAUUCCUCCUCGGAUUAGGGAUGCUCAAUCUGCAUUACAGAUCUAAAGCCUACAUCUGGCUACUCUGGGGCGAGUCCUGUUUAUAGCACCCAUUCCCAGAGCUUGCCUCUGUUUGCCUUUUGUUUGAUUACAUGAUGUGUUACUUUUCCCAACAGGCCAGUGCUAGCAUAUUGGAAGAGUGAGAUAAUAAGCUGGCAACCUUGACGCU